AUGGAAGAGGAAUACUUUUUACCAACAGUUUUGAGCAAGGAUUCCUGUUCUACAUGGGGUGGAGGCCAUUUUUCAACCUUUGAUAAAUACCAGUAUGACUUCACUGGGACUUGCAACUAUAUCUUUGCAACUGUAUGUGAUGAAACCAGCCCAGACUUCAACAUUCAGUUCCGCCGUGGGAUGGACAAAAAAAUUGCAAGGAUCAUUAUUGAGCUUGGACCUUCUGUUGUCAUUGUUGAGAAAGGCAGCAUUUCUGUCAGGAGUGUUGGAAUUAUUAAGUUGCCUUAUACUAGCAAUGGAAUUCAAAUAGCACCUUAUGGACACAACAUCCGCCUGGUCGCCAAGCUGAUGGAGAUGGAACUAGUUGUCAUGUGGAACAAUGAUGACUAUCUCAUGGUUUUGGCUGAAAAAAAAUACAUGGGGAAAGUCUGUGGAAUGUGUGGAAAUUAUGAUGGUUAUGAAUUGAAUGAAUUUGUGCGUGAAGGUAAAUUGCUGGAUACAUACAAAUUUGCUGCAUUACAAAAAAUGGAUGAUCCAUCAGAGAUCUGCCUGUCUGAGGAGAUACCUAUUUCCACUGUUCCUCACAAAAAAUAUGCCAUGAUCUGCUCUCAGCUACUUAAUUUGGUGUCACCAACCUGCAGUGUGCCAAAGGACGGGUUUGUCAUUCGUUGCCAGCUUGAUAUGCAGGACUGCAGCGAGCCAGGACAAAACAGCUGUGCUUGCUCUACACUGUCAGAAUAUUCAAGGCAAUGUGCUAUGUCCCACCAGAUGGUGUUCAACUGGAGAACUGAAAAUUUCUGUUCUGUGGGAAAAUGUUCUGCAAACCAAAUCUAUGAGGAAUGUGGUUCUCCAUGUAUUAAAACCUGUUCCAACCCAGAGUACAGCUGUUCCAGUCACUGUACCUACGGUUGCUUUUGUCCAGAAGGAACUGUUCUUGAUGAUAUCUCCAAGAAUCGAACGUGUGUUCACAUUAGCCAGUGUCCAUGUACACUGAAUGGGAAACCAUACGCUCCUGGUGAGACAAUGACAGCAACAUGUAGGACCUGCAAAUGUAUGAUGGGUCAAUGGGACUGCAAAGAUUUGCCCUGUCCUGGAAGGUGUUCACUGGAAGGAGGCUCCUUUGUUACCACGUUUGAUUCUAGGUCGUACAGAUUCCAUGGGGUUUGCACUUACAUUCUCAUGAAGAGUGCCAGCCUGCCACACAAUGGAACCCUAAUGGCAGUGUACGAAAAGACUGGUUAUUCUCAUUCCGAAACGUCACUUAGUGCUGUAAUUUACCUGUCCACAAAGGACAAAAUUGUGAUUUCUCAGAAUGAUCUCCUCACGGAUGAUGAUGAACUUAAGCGGCUGCCUUACAGAUCAGGAGACAUUACUGUUUUCAGACAGUCCUCAAUGUACAUUCAAAUGCAUACAACCUUCGGGCUGGAACUUGUAGUUCAAACAUCACCUGUGUUCCAGGCCCAUGUGAAAGCUGGAUCACAAUUCAAAGGCAGAACACUAGGUUUGUGUGGCAAUUACAAUGGAGACACUACAGAUGACUUCAUGACUAGCAUGGAUAUCACUGAAGGGACAGCCUCCUUGUUUGUAGAUUCCUGGAGGGCGGGAAAUUGCCAUCCUGCUUUAGAGAGAGAGACUGACCCUUGUGCUUUGAGUCAACUAAACAAAAUAUCUGCUGAGACUCAUUGCUCCGUUCUUACCAAGAAGGGUACAGUGUUCGAGAAAUGCCAUGCUGUGGUCAACCCUAUUCCUUUCUACAAGAGAUGUGUCUACCAGGCCUGUAACUAUGAAGAGACCUUUCCACACAUUUGUUCUGCUCUAGGAUCAUAUGCACGAGCAUGCAGUUCAAUGGGUUUAAUCCUUGAGAACUGGAGAGGCAGUAUGGACAAUUGUACCAUUACUUGCACUGGCAAUCAAACAUUCAGCUACAACGCUCAGGCAUGUGACAGGACAUGCUUGUCACUCUCCAACCGAGCCCUGGAAUGUCAUCCAACUGAUAUUCCUGUUGAAGGCUGCCAGUGCCCUACAGGACUGUACUUAAACCACAAGAACGAGUGUGUUCGUAAAUCUCAUUGUCCCUGCUAUUUGGAAGAUAGAAAAUACAUCCUGCCUGACCAGUCAACAAUAACUGGUGGGAUCACCUGCACUUGCACAAAAGGCAAAUGGAAAUGUGUUCGGAAAUCAAGGUGUUCCUCAACUUGUAACCUUUAUGGAGAAGGCCACAUCACCACUUUUGAUGGACAGCGUUUUGUGUUUGAUGGCAACUGUGAAUACAUAUUAGCUACGGAUGGCUGCAGUAUUAAUAGACCUGUUUCCUCUUUCAAAAUUGUUACUGAGAAUGUCAUCUGUGGGAUAUCAGGAGUUACAUGCUCCAGAUCCAUCAGCAUUUACCUUGGGAAUUUGACAAUCAUACUGAGAGAUGAAACCUUCACUAUUUCUGGGGAAAAUCCUAGUGUACAAUAUCAUGUGAAAAAGAACGCCCUUCACCUGAUGUUUGAUAUCAUUAUCCCAGGAAAAUACAACAUGACCCUUAUUUGGAAUAAGCACAUGAACUUCUUCAUCAAGAUUUCCAGAGGAACAGAGGAAACUAUAUGCGGUUUGUGUGGGAACUAUAAUGGCAAUAUGAAGGAUGAUUUUGAAACUCGAAGCAAGUAUGUGGCAUCAAAUGAAUUGGAAUUUGUCAAUUCUUGGAAAGAGAAUCCUCUCUGUGGGGAUGUAUACUUUGUAGUGGAUCCCUGUAGCAAGAACCCUUAUCGUAAAGCAUGGGCAGAAAAGACAUGUUCUGUCAUCAAUGGCGAGGUUUUUUCUGCCUGUCACAAUAAGGUGAAUCGGAUGCCCUAUUAUGAGGCCUGUGUUCGAGACUCUUGUGGGUGUGACACUGGAGGGGACUGUGAAUGCAUGUGUGAUGCCAUUGCAGUCUAUGCCAUGGCAUGUUUAGAGAAAGGUAUCUGCAUUGACUGGAGGACCCCUGAGUUCUGUCCUGUCUACUGUGAGUACUACAAUUCUCACAAAAGAACAGGAGUUGACAGUGCUUAUUCCUCUGACUACAAUGAUGACAAAUGCACCUGGCAUUACAGGCCUUGUAAUUGCCCAAAUCAAAACUACAAAUAUGUCAACAUUGAAGGUUGUUACAACUGCUCUCAUGAUGAAUACUUUGACCAUGAAGAGAACAGGUGCAUGCCAUGUGGAGAAGAAAGCACUAGCACCACACUUGAAACAUCUUCACCUUCACCAGUAACAACAGUGCAGCCUAAAGUAACAGGAAGCUCUGCUGCAAGCACCCUACCAACAGUACCUAGUGCUUCUGCAACUGCUGUAUCAACUGAGAUUACAAAUCCAACAAUAACUGCAAAAACUACAGUUCCGAGAACUUCACCCAUACAACCUUUUGUCACAACGAAGUCAACAACUGAACAUACAACAUCAAUUUCUACCACACUGAACAUGACUACAACCAUCACUACUCCUUCCAUAACUACCACAACAAAGAGAACCAUGACCACUAUACCAAGGUCUACACCUACUGCCUCAUCAACCGCUGCUUCAACAGAGACAGAACAAGUACGGUUCACCUCACCAUCCUUCAAGACCACUAUCAAAAAGGAAAUGACAACCUCCUCAUUGCCUACUCAAACCCCGUCUCAGACCAUAACUUUCAGUGAGCCUAAACUAACAACAGCAGGCAGUGAGGAAACCCAAACAACCACUCUGCACCAACCAGAAGUUGUCACCCACAUAAGAACAUUGACACAGCCUGUGCAGCAUCUUGUCUCUCAGACACAGACCACCCCUGCCACGUCCACCAGCAGCACCUCUGUCCCAAGAGAGACCAGUCCUGCCACCAGCCCAGGAGUUCCACUGGCAAGGACAUCUCCAAGCCCGAUCUCUUUGCCUGCCACCUCAGCCUCAUCUGCUUCUUCCCUCUCCUCAACUGGGUCCUCGACAUGGCUGGGAACAUCACAUCCUGCCUUCACCCAUAAAAAGUCAACGGAGCCACACACUGAGCAACCUCUGACCACACAGAAGACCACAGCUGCCACCUCCAUCAGCAGCACCUCCAAGACCUCUGUCUCCACAGAGACCAGCCCACCAAGCAGCACAGAACUCCCUCUGACAACAACAUCUGCAAAUCCCAGCUCUCCACCUGCCCCCAGCAGCCCACUCAGCACCCGGCUGCCAUCUGCUCCCACUUCCACAGUUUCCUCCACAGCAGCUCCAAGCACCAGCCCCAGGCCUACACCUACAACCCUGAGGCCCAAGCCCUCUUCCCCCAUGACAACUGCUCCACAAGAGUCUCUUGCAGCAGAGUCCUCUGCACCCACCACAGCCAAAACCAGCACAGUGCCAUCUCCUGCUCCAUCUCCCUCCUCAACUGUGUCCUCAACGUUGCUGAGCUCCUCACAGCCUGCCUUCACCCAUAAAAAGUCAACCGUGCCACACAUUGAGCCAACUCUGACCACGCAGAAGACCACAGCCGCCACCUCCAUCAGCAGCACCUCCAAGACCUCUGUUUCAACAGAAACCAGCCCACCAAGCAGCACAGAACUCUCUCUGACAUCUGCAAAUCCCAGCUCUCCACCUGCCCCCAGCAGCCCACUCAGCACUCGGCUGCCAUCUGCUCCCACUUCCACAGUCUAUUCCACAGCAGCUCCAAGCACCAGCCCCAGGCCUACACCUACAACCCUGAGGCCCAAGCCCUCAUUUCCAAUGACAAGUACUCCACAAGAGUCUCCUGCAGCAGAGUCCUCUGCACCCACCACAGCCAAAACCAGCACAGUGCCAUCUCCUGCCCCUUCUCCCUCCUCAACUGUGUCUUCAACAAUGCUGAGCUCCACACAGCCUGCCUUCACCCAUAAAAAGUCAACUGUGCCACACAUUGAGCCAACUCUGACCACACAGAAGACCACAGCUGCCACCUCCAUCAGCAGCACCUCCAAGACCUCUGUCUCCACAGAGACCAGCCCACCAAGCAGCACAGAACUCCCUCUGACAACAACAUCUCCAAAUCCCAGCUCUCCACCUGCCCCCAGCAGCCCACUCAGCACCCGGCUGCCAUCUGCUCCCACUUCCACAGUCUACUCCACAGCAGCUCCAAGCACCAGCCCCAGGCCUACACCUACAACCCUGAGGCCCAAGCCCUCAUCCCCAGUGACAAGUGCUCCACAAGAGUCUCUUGCAGCAGAGUCCUCUGCACCCACCACAGCCAAAACCAGCACAGUGCCAUCUCCUGCUCCUUCUGCCACCUCAACUGUGUCCUCAACGUUGCUGAGCUCCUCACAGCCUGCCUUCACACAUAAAAUGUCAACCGUGCCACACAUUGAGCCACCUCUGACCACACAGAAGACCACGGCUACCACCUCCAUCAGCAGCACCUCCAAGACCUCUGUCUCCACAGAGACCAGCCCACCAAGCAGCACAGAACUCCCUCUGGCAACAACAUCUCCAAAUCCCAGCUCUCCACCUGCCCCCAGCAGCCCACUCAGCACCCGGCUGCCAUCUACUGCCUCGUCUACAUUCUCUUCUUUGUCUGCAACCGUCAGCACAAUGCCUACACCUACACCCCUCACUACUUCCACCUUUAGGUCUUCUGGGAGUACUCCGUAUUCUUCUUUCCAAAACACCACAUUGCCUCCAUAUGGCAAAACAUCUUCCUUAGCCGUUCCUACCAGUAUCUCUGCCAAAUCCACUCCAGUGUUGGUCCCGACUGUUUUAUCUACAACGAUGACAUUUGCUCCCCUUGUGAUCACUACUGCUUCUACAGAGUCGGCUGAAAGGAGCACCUUGCGAACAACAACAUUAACCACUGCCCGCACGACCUCAUCUCCUUCUUUCACCUCUAGACUUUCAACGUCCUUGUCCUCCAUUGUGCCAUCCACAGUUCCACAUGAUCCUUGUAGAGAAGUUGAAUAUGAAGAAAAUAUAACUUACAAAGGCUGUUCUGCAAAUGUCACUUUAAGCCGAUGCGAAGGAUCAUGUCCAUCUUCAACAAAGCUGAAUGUUGAGAACAUGAUGGUCAUCACAGCAUGUGGCUGCUGUCGGCCACUUCAGCUUCUUAAGAAGGAAUUCCAACUACCAUGCCCAGACCCAGAUGACCCUGGAAAAAGGCUCACUACAGUCAUAACUGUAUUUAGUGGCUGUGUUUGUAACUUUGACAGUUGCAUACACUAGACUUGCAAACAGGCUUCUGAGCAGCUGCCUGGACUGUCAGUGAACUUGACAGAUAAAUUAUUCCUGAUCAGGAGGGUGGGAUGCAGAGACGAAAAAAAGAAUGGGCAGCGUGAAGUUCGGGAGGGAAGACCAUGUCAGAGACUGUAUGGCCUUGUUCAGGGUGAUAAUAUUUAACCAGAGGCUAAAAACUGGCCCACGCACUGUGCAGUAACAGAAAUUUGACUUUCAAAUAAAG